GAGUUUUGAGCAUAUUAAAGGUGCAUGCAAAUCUACUGUUGCUCCUUCACAUCAUUUAAGUGGAUGUGGAUACUUAUAUACUGUAUAUGAUAUCCAACGCGCGGGAGAUAAAUGGCAGCCAAAAUUUGAAAUUUCAUCGAAGAAGAACUCCGUAUUUAAAUGUUUGUUUUGACGCAGGAACAUCUACUAAGGGAUAAUGAGCUUCUAUCUUGGCUUGCCAACAUCUGUGCUAUAUACUUGUAAUGCAAAGGAAACCUACCUGCCUGCCUGAUCUCCCUACUUUCAGAUGGAAUCGUUUUGCAUUUCAUUUACUCGAUCAUCAGUCACUCCAUCUGUCUCUCACUUACCUCACUGCCCAAAGUUGCCAUUUCACAAGAAUAGUUUUCGUGGGGUCUAUCAAUUCAUCAUGCUAAGCCUGCCACCUCUGAUUAUGAGGAGAUCACUGAAUCCUAUCAUGCCACGCCUUCCAUUUCUGAUAUUUCGUGCUGUGUGAAUGGCGAAGCAUUCUUAGCAAUGACAACUCAGACCUGAAAUUUGGAUUUUAAGUUUUAACAUGCCUCCAUCAUCAUGCUUUAGUUCAUCAUUCAAGGCCUCUACAUCCUUAAGUUCAUCAGCUCCUCACGUAUUUGCAGGGUAUGCUUUUGUCUAUUUUGAGGAUGAGCGUGAUGCUGAGGACGCCAUUCGUAGUCUUGACAACACACCAUUUGGAUACGACAGGCGCAGGCUGUCUGUGGAGUGGUCUAGGGGUGAUCGUAUUCGUGGCCGCCAUCGUGAUGACUCUAGGUCAAUGCCAAACCAAAGACCCACCAAAACCUUGUUUGUCAUAAACUUUGAUCCAGUCCGCACAAGGGUCCGUGAUAUAGAAAGGCAUUUUGAGCCUUAUGGGAAGGUUUCACACGUCCGGAUUCGAAGGAAUUUUGCAUUUGUGCAAUUCGAAACACAGGAGGAUGCCACAAAAGCUCUGGAGUGUACACACAUGAGCAAGAUAUUGGAUAGGGUGGUUUCUGUUGAGUAUGCUCUAAGGGAUGAUGAUGAGAGGGAUGUCAGAAAUGAAAGCCCCCGAGCAGGGUAUGGUAGGCGUGGAGAUAGCCCUUCUUACAGACGCUCACCAAGUCCAGUGUAUCGCAGGGCUCGACCAAGUCCUGACUAUGGGCGGCCCCGCAGCCCAGUGUAUGACAGGUACAAUGGUCCGUCAUAUGAUAAACCCAGGAGUCCGGAGUUCAACAGAUAUCGAAGCCGAUCGCCUGUGCGAAGGUCAAGGACAUAAGAGGCCAUCAGGUUGAAGGAAGGAUAGUGCUUGCUUGACAUGUCAUUUUGUGGUGGUUUGCUAGAGCUUUUAGGUAUAUCGUAGAGGUAGAAGCUGGUCGUAGUUUAGUAGGGUAUUAGUGGUAUUUGAAACUUGUGGAUCGAUGGAUAAUAUCAGUAGUAGAUGUUCGAGUCACUGUAAUGAAUGAAACUUUUGGUCUGCGUUCAGACUGUAAUGUUAUCUUGCAAACUAGUAUAUGUAUAAAUCUUCAUUUGCACUGCAAGCUUUCAUAA